AUGAAGCAGUUUGAAAUAACUUGUUUCGAAAAGGAACUCCUCUCUCGCUUUAGAAGAAAAUUUAGAGUAGGGAAGCUUCAUAUUACAAUAACCAUGUUGUUUCUCUUGUCAAUGGCUACUUUUGUGGUCGUUCUUGGGACGUUCAUCAAUUACCAGGUCAGAAAGUUCUUAGUAAAAGAGGACCCUUACUUCCCUUGACUCAACAGAUUUUCUCCGCCAUCACCCUUGUCUCCGCAGGUCCAGGAGGUGUGGCAUUCGAUGACUGAUGAGGAGCUAAUUUGGCGUGUCUCUAUGGCACCAAAUAUUGUCGAAUAUCCAUUCAACCGAACCCCAAAGGUGGCUUUCAUGUUUUUAAGCAGAGUAAGACUACUUUUGGCACCCCUCUGGGAAAAGUUCUUGAUGGGACAUAAAGGCCUUUACUUAAUUGACAUCCAUACAUCUCCAGAAUUCAUUGAUGAGCCACCAGUAACCUCAGUCUUUUACAAGCGCAGGAUAACAAGAAAGCCUGUCCAUUGGGGAAGCGCAACAAUGAUCGAUGCUCAGCCCCUGUUAGCCAAUGGGUUGCUUGACUUCUACAAUCAAAGAUUUGUGCUACUUUCCGAGACAUGAAUCCCACUAUUCAACUUCACCACAGUUUACAACUACCUUAUCAACUCCACCCACUGCUUCCUUGUUUCAUUUGAUGAUCCAAGGCGCACUGGCCGUGGCCGGUACAAUAAGCAGAUGUGGCCGACUGUGUCAUUGGCAGAUUGGCGCAAAGGCUCGCAAUGGUUUGAGGUUAUCCGAAAGCUUGCCUUUGAGAUAGUAUCUGAUGAAAAAUACUAUCCUGUCUUUAGAGACCAUUGCAGUCCUCCAUGUUACAUAGAUGAACAUUACCUUCCUACUCUUGUGAACAUAAUUUGCCCGGGGCUAAAUUCAAAUAGGAGCAUUACAUGGGUUGAUUGGUCCAGAGUUGGCCCACACCCUACAAGAUAUGUGAGAAAAGAUGUAUCAGUUGCAUUAUUGACUCAACUGAGGCAAGGAUUAAAUUGUACUUAUAAUGAUCACACAAGCUCAAUUUGCUUCCUCUUUGCCAGGAAGUUUCAUCCGAGCUCUCUAGAGCCAUUGCUUAGGAUAGCUCCAGCAUUGCUUGGAUUUUGAUCCCCAGUUCUGAUAUCAUUUUCUCCAUCCAAUACCAAAUUAAUACAAUUUGAUGUGAUGUUAGGGCUUUUGGGAUGCUGUUCGAGUAUUAAUUACCUGAAAAACACUUUUGUCAUCAAUUUUGGCUCCAUUUUGCAAGGCA